UAAACAUAAAACAGCAAAAAAAAAAAAGGGACGAAAUUAGAACGUCGGAGAAGGUGAAGAAAUCGAUGGCAGCAAAGAUGGUGUGCGUGACUGGUGCUGGAGGAUUCGUGGCGUCAUGGCUUGUUCAGCUUCUUCUCUCCAAAGGUUACAAUGUCCAUGGAACAGUGAGACAACCCGGUAGUGAGAAAUAUGAGCACUUGAAGAAACUGGAGGGAGCUUCUGAAAACCUCACACUCUUCAAGGCAGAUCUCUUGAAUUACGAAUCUAUCCUCUCAGCAAUUGCUGGAUGCACUGCUGUUUUUCAUGUCGCAAGUCCUGUACCCUCAACAAUUGUUCCCAACCCUCAGGUAGAAGUGAUUGAACCUGCUGUGCAAGGAACCACUAACGUACUUCAAGCUUGUCUUGAAACUAAAGUACAACGAGUUGUCUAUGUGUCAUCGAUAUCUGCUAUUAGCAUUGGCCCAAAUAUGCCUAAAGAUAAAGUGAUUGAUGAGUCCUAUUGGUCUGAUAAAGAUUACUGCAAAAAAACUCAGAACUGGUACUGUUAUUCAAAGACAGAGGCAGAGGAGCAGGCCCUGGACUUUGGAAAAAGAACUGGCCUUGAUGUGGUAAGCAUUUGCCCUUCCAUUGUGUGGGGGCCAAUUUUGCAGUCAACCACUGUCAAUGCAAGUAGCUUGGUUCUCCCCAAACUUUUGAAAGGUGGUGACUCAUUUGAAAAUAAGACCCGUUGGAUAGUCGAUGUACGGGAUUUAGUUGAUGCAAUACUUUUGGUGUACGAGAAGCCUGAGGCAGAACGGAGAUACAUAUGCACUGCACACACCAUCAAGACACGGGAUUUGGUAGAGAAACUGAAGAGUAUAUAUCCAAGCUACAAGUACCCUUCCAACUUCACUGAGCUGGAUGAUUACUUAAGGUUCAGCUCAGAGAAACUAGAAAGGUUGGGUUGGAAAUACAGGUCGCUGGAGGAAACACUCAUUGAUUCUGUUGAGAGCUAUCGAGAGGCUGGACUCCUGCAAUUCGAAUAAAUUUCACUUUUCUUUCUUUUUAUAUAUCCAUUGCUAUGGAUUAUCACUGUACUGCACAAGUUUCUGAGACAAGUCUGAGGAACUAUCAGUUUUAAUAUUUGAAAAGGUGAAAUGAACAAAAUAUAAAAUUUAUGGCCAAACACUAUUAUAAGUAUCGUUUGUUUUCUGUGUUCA